AUGGAAGAUUGUGAUCUUGCCCAAUACCGCGAUAUGAUCAUCGAAGGUGAACUACCGCUUGACUUGCGACCACCGCCUCGGCUUUACCUCCCGCACUACCUUCGGGACGAUAGGGAUUCUGAAUACCCUCAAGACGAUACCUACGUUUCAGUUGACGAAGAUACACCAGAACUGCCUGCUGCAUCCAGCGACUCUGAAAGGUUUGACGCCUCCAGUCCGACAGAUAAUAAAUCUUCAACGCCAAAGAAACCAAAGCAGAAGUCCUCAUCACAACUUAUUAAGCCGCCUUACUCCUACAUCGCACUCAUCACUAUGGCUAUUCUCCAAUCGCCGCAUAAAAAGUUGACAUUGAGUGGAAUUUGCGAAUUUAUCAUGACUAGGUUUCCAUACUACAGAGAAAAAUUUCCAGCCUGGCAGAACUCCAUUAGACACAAUUUAAGUUUAAAUGAUUGUUUUAUCAAAAUUCCAAGAGAACCUGGAAACCCGGGCAAAGGGAAUUAUUGGACAUUGGACCCUUUGGCUGAAGAUAUGUUUGAUAAUGGAAGUUUUUUGAGGAGGAGAAAGCGGUACAAGAGGCCGGCACCGUCGCUGCAGCAUGCGCAUGCUGUUGUGGCAAUGCUGGCUCGGGAAGCUUACGCUCCUCUAUUGCCGCUGCCGUGUUACUUGCCGCCGACGCCGCUGUUGUCAUUGCCGCGUCCGCCGCCGGCUAUGCUACGGCCUGUGCCUCUACCGCCGCGUGUCUCGGAAACCACGGAGCCAAGAAGUAAGCGAUCUCGAAACGGAUUCUCUAUUGAAUCCAUAAUAGGUUCGCAGGAUAGUCCAGUGACUGCCGAGCCAAGGCGAAGUGCGUUUUCUCCCCUCCAUCAAAGCAAUGGGCCGCCGGACGACUGGGCCAGAUGA